GCUCAGGGCUGCACCAGCCCCCCCCCAGCCCGGCUGCGGGGGGCGAGGAGGUGGUGAGGGGCCUGGCCGUGGAGAAGUUUGACAUCGUGAAGAAAUGGGGCAUCAACACCUACAAGUGCACCAAGCAGCUGCUGUCGGAGCGGUUCGGGCGAGGGUCUCGCACGGUGGACCUGGAGCUGGAGGCUCAGAUCGAGCUGCUGAGAGAGACCAAACGUAAAUAUGAGAGUGUCCUGGCCCUGGGGAGGGCUCUGAGUGCCCACCUGCACAGCCUGCUCAGCACUCAGCACGCCCUGGGAGAUGCCUUUGCUGACCUCAGCCAGAAAUCCCCUGAGCUGCAGGAGGAGUUCGGGUACAACGCGGAGACACAGAAGCUGCUCUGCAAGAACGGGGAGACCCUCCUGGGGGCCGUGAACUUCUUCGUAUCCAGCAUCAACACCUUGGUCAACAAGACCAUGGAGGACACGCUGAUGACUGUGAGGCAGUACGAGACAGCCAG